AGAGCAAAGCUGUAUUUUGUGUAGAAAACAGGGAGUUUGGGGUUUCCAUCUGCCUCCUGUCUCCCCGGUUGUCCAGGCUCUUGCUAAGAUAGCUGCUAUGCACCCAUCCCAGCUGUGAGGGCAGGUCUGCAGAGCUGCAGCACCCAAUUCCCAUCCAAGCACAAUGCCGGUGCACUACGUGACAUACAAAGGCAUUAAAUUCCCUCCUGCCUACAACUCCGUGCACAGCUUGAGUUUUGCCCACAACGAGUUCCUGGUGCGGGACGAUGACGUCUUCAACAUCACCUACCCUAAAUCUGGCACCGUGUGGAUGACUGAGAUCCUGAGCCUCAUUCGCAGCCACGGCCACCCCAGCUGGAACCAAACUGUCCUCAAUUCUGACCGCAUGCCUUGGUUCUCAACCCGCCUGGGUCUGGAGGCAGCCCUCAGCUACCCCUCACCUCGCUUGCUGACCUGCCACCUCCCCAGGCACAUCUUCCCCAAGUCCUUCUCCCAUUCCACUGCCAAGGUCAUCUACACCCUACGGGAUCCUCGAGAUGUUGUUGUCUCCUACUUCUACUUCUGCAAGAUGUGCAACAGCUAUGAGGACCCCGUGUCCUUUGAGCAGUUCUUGAGGGACUUUCUCAGUGGAGAGUUGCCCCAUGGCUCCUGGUUUGAACAUGUCCGAGGCUGGAUGCAGAUGAAGGACAGGGAGAAUUUCUUCUUCAUCACCUAUGAAGAGCUGAAACAGGACCUGCAAGGCAGCGUGAGACGCCUCUGCCAUUUCCUGGGACAGAAUUUGGAUGAUGAUGCUAUCUCCUCAGUAGUCCAAAAUGCCUCUUUCAUGGCCAUGAGGCAGAACCCUAUGUGCAGCUCCAUCUUGCUUCCCGCAGACAUCAUGGACCAGACCAAAGGCCAGUUCCUGAGGAAAGGCAUCUGUGGGGACUGGAAGAACCAUUUCACAGUGGCACAGACUGAGACCUUCAAUAGAAUCUACCUGGAAAAGAUGCGGGGUUUGAAUGUGGCCUUUCCUUGGGACAGAGAUCAGGAUCCAGACCUAACUGAGCAAUAAAUAUAAGCCGUCUAUUGGCGUCUGGGGUAACUGGUUGCUGUUGGACACAGGGAGUUGGAUCCAGGGGUACAAAUGGCUGCAACAUGAAGCAGAUCAACUUGUUUGGUAGCUACAACCAGCUGACAUGUUUCCCUGGGGUGACAGAAGAGCCGCAGAGAAAAUGGGGAGGGAGACGAAUGCUGAGGUGUCCUUUCUAUUUGCAGUUCCCAUUUUGCAGUUAUUUAAUCAUAUUAAAUAAUUUCUGCCAGUAAAUAA